AUGGCCGACCACGACCUCGACGACGCCGCGCUCUGGGCCUGCGUCGACACCGCCGCCCAAGCCUCCCAGAGGGGCCUCCCCAAGCCCCCGCCCUCCCCCGCCAUCUCCCGGUGCGGCCCCGUCGACGACCCGCACCGCGGCGAGGUGCUGCAGCCCGCCCGCCCCUACAAGCUCCAGCGCAUCGCCUCCCACGCCCACGCCCACGGCCACGCCACGCCGCCUCCGCCCUCGCCUCCUCCGCCCUACAUGGCCCCCGACGCCUCCAGGGGGUUGAUGCUCGUCCAGCACCCGCGCCCCGAGCUGCCCUGGGUCACGGAGCCCAACGCCGCGAGCCCCGUCGCCGUCGCCGCCGCCGCCGCGCACAGCCUCUUCCCCACCGCCGCCGCGUCUGUGUCCAGCUUCAGAAAGUACCAGGAGGUUUCCCUCUCGAUUUUAGACAAAGGCGACCACACCAUGAUCAGUGGGAAUCCAUACAUAAAGAAAUCAGGGUGGAGAAAAUUAUCGUGCUUCUACAAUAUCUCGUUUGAAAUCAAGGACCACUCUAUUGAGUACGAUGACAGCCACAGUGUCAACAGUGCUCAAUUUCUUGUCCGAGCGUCUAUGCAAAGUGGCAGGUUCUCAGAUGGUUGGGGUUCAUGUGAUCGACGAGAAAAAAGAUUUAACAAGCCAAACCAUGAUAUCCCCAGCACAGCUGAAACCAGAGCUAAGAACAAAGCUUGUCAGGAUCUUCUUGGCAUUGGCCAUAGCCGUACAGGAUGAGGCAUUGGUCCAAGGUCUGAUUGGGAUACUAGUAACUCAUCUGUCCUGUUAAACUGAAGACGGUAACUGCGGUGUAAAAGUGCCUUACGCAGGACCAGACAUGACACUCGUUACAUAGUAGCAAAAUUUCAGUAGCAAACACGAGGCGGUCACUUGGUAACUCAGCCAUUGUGGAUUUCUGUAUAUGCUAUAGCUUCUGGACCAAUUUAGUCAUAGCCAUUGUGGAUUUCUGUAUAUGCGAGAGCUUUCGGACCAAUCUAGU